AUGCACGCCUUGGAACUGAAAACCCACCUGUUUGUGGGCGGUUACGAUUCGUACAAGGUGAAAAUCGCUAAAUCCGUGGAAGUCGAGAACAAUUUCAAAGGAUGCAUAAAAAUGCUCAAAGUCUCCGGAAUGGACUUGGACAUGAUAAGUUCUACAGUGGAUUCCGCUAACACUGAAGACUGCGUAGUUGCUCGGGGAGACGCCUGUUCUUAUAACCACUGCAAGAAUUACGUGAACUGCCACACCGUGUCCAAACACUACGAAUACGUAUGCGAAUGUGAAAACGGAUUCAAUGGUCCGAAGUGUGACGUCGAAGCGAAGUUGUGUCCGACGCUGAAACCUUGUCUCAACGACGGCAUCUGCACAGACAUCGAUUCGAGCUCGUACAGGUGCGAUUGCCCUCUCGGACAUUCGGGACCGACGUGCAACGAAAAGGUGGUGUUGGACAUCACAGCCAAUUUUAGCGGCAACAGUUACCUGCAAUUGGAAAACAGUCUACUGGACCGGAACAAGAGGGAACAUUCCAUAUCGAUGACGUUCACCACAGAUUCAGCCAACUGUCUGUUGUACUGGCAAAGCCAAGAACCUAACAAUGAUGGCGUGGUCGACAAUUACAUCGCCAUCUCGAUCGUCAACGGCUACUUGGAACUGAGUCACAGGUUCCAAGGCAGAUCGACACCAGCAAUCCGAGCCACAGACCAUCACGUCAACAACAACGAACCCCACGUGAUAUUGAUCCGCGGAAACGGGGCCGAAUGGUCUCUGGAACUGGAUAGGUCAACCACAGAAUACGGUAAAGAACGCGACGUGGACAUCCAACAGCUCUUGGAAUCCACCGAUUUGAUAUAUAUAGGUGGAGUACCGGAAGUCAUACUGACGACGAACGACAACCAUUACAAAGGGUAUGAGGGUUGUAUCGGUGACGUGCGUGUCCAGGACUCAGGAUACGUGAAUCUGGGCCAAAAGUCGUUGUCCGGCAAAAACGUUGCUUCGUGUAACAGACACGACGUCAACAAUAUCAUUCAAAGAAACGAUUAA